CUCCCUGAUUCCUACCAACGCUCCCGCUCCCCUUCGCUCAGUGGUUCGAUCCAUCUGGGCCCGCCCUCCCCGGGCCCAGCUGUCUGCGCAUGCGCGCGCUCCAGCUGCGAGCCGCUCGGCUUCGGGGACCCCUGGUCUCCUGCCUGCGGCCGCGUGGCUGCGCGUUGGCUGUCUCCAUGGCAGCAGAGACCACGUGGUGAGGGGGCCGCCCACCCGGUUCCUCUGUCCCGUCGAGGCACUGCGGAUUCAUCUGCACCGCGAGAUACCGCCCCCGAUCGGGCGCCCCCCGAGUGCUGGGAACUGGCCCAGCGCGUACCCUUUCUGGCCCCCGCAGCCCGGCGAGUGCCCUGUAAGGACUGCCAGGCCAUAAUGAAAGUUCUCUUACUGAAAGACGCCAAGGAGGAUGACUGUGUCCAAGAUCCGUACAUCAGGGAAUUAGAAUUAUAUGGACUCGAAGCCACUCUGAUCCCUGUUUUAUCAUUUGAGUUUUUGUCUCUUCCCAGUUUUUCUGAGAAGCUGUCUCAUCCUGAAGGCUAUGGAGGACUCAUUUUUACCAGCCCCAGAGCAGUGGAAGCAGUGGAGCUGUGUUUGGAGAAAGACAAUAAAACGGAAGUCUGGAAACAUUCUCUGAGAGAAAAAUGGAAUGCUAAGUCAGUGUAUGUGGUCGGAAAUGCUACUGCUUCUCUAGUGAAUAAAAUCGGCCUGGACACAGAAGGAGCAAACUCUGGAAAUGCAGAAAAGCUUGCAGAAUACAUUUGUUCCCGGGAGUCACCGGCAUUGCCCCUUCUGUUUCCCUGUGGAACCGUCAAAGGAGAAAUCCUGCCGAAAAUGCUCAAGGAUAGAGGGAUCCCCAUGGAGAGCAUAACUGUCUAUCAGAAGAUCCCACACCCAGGAAUCCAAGUGAACCUCAACAGCUACUAUUCUAAGCAGGGCGUUCCGGCCAGCAUCACGUUCUUCAGUCCCUCCGGCCUUACAUACAGCCUCAAGCACAUUCAAGAGUUAUCCGGUGACAGCAUCGAUCGAAUUAAGGUCUGGGAGCCACUUCGAAUUCACGAGUGUGUCUGCUGUGAGGUGGGGCCCAGUGCCAUCUUUUCCUCAGGGAGUUUCUCGAGGAACAGCUGCAUCAUGAGUUUGCCGCCAUCGGCCCCAGCACAGCCCGUGCGCUGACCGCCCAGGGCCUGCGUGUGAGCUGCAUGGCUGAGAGCCCCACGCCGCUGGCCCUGGCCAAGGGUCUCCAGGUGGCCCUUCAGGCCCCCAGCUGCUGAG